AUGCGUAAAACAUUACUAGAUAUAACACCCGACGAGAUUGAAAGGGAGUGGCAAAACUUUAAGCGCAAAUUUCGGACAAACCAAACGCUGAAGGUAAUGAAAAAUUACGACGAGGUUAAAAGGCGGGCAAUUUUUGUCGACAACUACCGGGCCAUCCGUAAGCAUAACAAAGAGGCCGAUGAGGGUAAACACACCUAUUGGUUGGGUGUCAAUCAAUUUACCGACAUGACCCAGGAUGAAUUUACUACUAAUUACUCUGUAUACCUACAAAAUUCAAAUAUGAAUUACAAACUAUUAUUAGUGACAAUUGUCACCAUGGUCAAUGCCGAUGAUGGUCCUUGGGUAGACUGUCCCGAUAACUACCCUAUUAGCACACCAUGCUCAUAUAUACCACCUCAACGUGCCGGAGAAUGGUGUUACAUUGAAUGCAAAAACAACGCAAAUAUUACCAAAAUAUUAGGUGACUUAAGCGUUAAACUGCCGGCGGAUAAGAAAAAAUUCAUAUCCAUAGCGUUGGAUGAUUUGACCGAGGAGGACCUACCGGCUCAGGCGUUUGCUGGCAUACAAUUCGAACUAAUCAGCAUUUUUGGUAGAAAUGUUAAGCGUAUACAUAACCAGGCGUUCGCCGGCACAGGUGUUCAGAAAAUGCAGUUUAUUCACGCGGAAUCGCUCACCGAAGUGGUGUCCGGUGCCGACCACGAGUGGGAUCUGUUCGGUGCCAUACGUUCCCAACCG